GGGCCCAGAGCAUCCCCCCUGGGGUCUCAGCCGGCGGCUCGGCCCUGCCAGCCUCACGCUCGCUCCUUCUGGUCACCUUUUUUUGUUCUCCUGAGCCGUGAAAAAUGAGAAAGUAGCUUUUCUCUGGCGCAGACCUGGGAGCCGCCACAGCCGCGGGUUCCUCUUUGAAGCCCAGGUCUGUUGUAGAGGAAUUGGGAGGCAGGCCAGGCCGCUACAGCCUCGGUGGAGAAUCGCUGCUCUAAAGGCUGUGGUCGCAGGCCAGCUCGGGAUGUGUUUGGAGUCCGCAUGCACAGGCCAUGAAAAGCUCUCUUCCUCUCCCCAUACCCCCAUUCUCCUGCAGCCCAACAGCUCCCCGCCUUCCGGUACCAACCAGCGUGUUAAACAUGUUCAAAGACCAAGAGGAGGAGGUCGUGGAUGACAGCACCAAGCAUGGCGGGCGUGUACGCAACUUCCCACAUGUGCGGGGCAAUUGGACAACAUAUGUCUACAUGCCAUAUGAAGCCUCAGAGGAUUUCCUGGAGUUGCUGGAGCUCCUUAUUUCCCAUGCUCGCACAUAUGCUGUGUCACUCGCCGCCAUGGAGGAGUUUCACAUCAGCCUCUCGCAAAACGUGGUACUGCGUUAUCAUUGGAUAACCCCCUUUGUGCAGUCUCUCAAGGAACACCUGGCCACUGCUUACAGGUUCUUCUGUACAGUUGACCAGGUGAAGGUUUACACCAACCAGAACAAAACCAGGACCUUUGUAGGCUUGGAGGUCUCUUCUGGGCAUCCUCAGCUGUUGGAGCUGGUCUCAGGGGUGGACAGAGUUAUGGAGGAGUUUGAUCUCCCAACGUUCUACAAGAACCCCUCAUUCCAUAUCAGCCUGGCUUGGUGUGUCGGAGACCUGACUGACAAGUUGGAAGGGCAGUGUCUCCAGAAGCUUCAGGAGAUUGUGGAUGGGUUUGAGGACUCUGCAUUCCUACUACGAAUCCAGUGGGAGCAAAUCCGCUGCAAAUCCGGGAACAAGUUGUUCUCCUUUCCCUUGAGGUAGGGAGCAGGAAAACCACAUAUUCCAGCUGCCCCAAUGCCUGGGCUCUGCUCCUGAGACAAGAAAUCAGUGCUGCACUGUGCAACUGGACAAUUUGAAGAUUCACAUGUAUCCUGAGUUGCUGAUCUCAGCUCAUCAUCCCAAUGGAGUUUGGAAGCUCAAGCCAGGCUGCUUUUAGUUUAAGUUGCUGGCCCAGAAUGUGGAUAUUUGCACUAUGAUUCCUCACAGUUGCUGUUAGCUUGGGGUGUUGUUCAUGAGCACAGGUAGUUUAGGUUUUCCUAUAGUUGUCAGUUAUGCUGUGGGGAUUUUUAAGCCCUGUUUAUCUUCUGGGGAACUGAAAAUGUUUGUGGGAGGGCAUUUGCUAAAAAGAAGAAUGUAGGGCACUACAUUGCUAAGGGGAUAUAGAGCAUAGUUGCUGUACUGAGCUUGGAGCUUUUAACAGCAAGAUGAGGGUUGCUGAGUUUUAUCAUUCCCAUGACAGACGGUCACAGCACCUCUCUGCAUGUAGCUGAUUGGAACAGGUUCCCUUAUAAAGCUUUAUUUUUUUUCUACUGUCAAUGCUGUAGUUGCUAUAUGGAUGCAAUUCAGCAUCUAAUCCUCAUUCCAAAUUGAUGUGGAAUUAGAGCUGGCAAAGAUAUGGAAGUUCCAUGACUCAGUGCUAGUCAGUGAGACUCCAGGAUGGAAUUAAUAGGAAGUGUUCAGUUUAAACUGAUCCACAGAUUCUCUGAAGGGUGAGGAAAGGCAAAGGUACAGAUUUCAAAUAUUUUCCCUGGGAGCUCUCUCUAAUAUGAAUCCUACUGUUAUACUGUAAAGUGUCCAAAAGAGGGCAAUGUUGGCUUUCACUACCAAUCCUUUACAGCAGGGAACUGCAGAUAGUAGAAUGUGGUAGCCCUUUGAUCAUCCUGGAGUCUAGUGAGCUUGCUGCUGUUUAGUUCCAUUUGGGUGCACCAAAAACAUUGGUCUCCGUGGCUAAUGUCAACUUUCAGCUACACUGUUUGUCUUCAAAUUAGGAAAACAAUUUUUUUUUUGUAACAACAAUUCUGGAUUCUCAUCUGAGCCUCAGUCACUGGGAAAUCCCCUGCAGGCAAUAUAUUUGUUUUGAGAUGAUGGGCUUUUGCCUCCCAGGUAUUGUGGAUGGAGGUUGGUAUGCUGUCCAGUAUCUUUUGCUUUGCGUUUGUCUAUUAAAAGAACCAGAGAGGCUAGUUUCUUAGCAUUGGCACCUGCCUUUUCGAUGGUGUAAAGCUGUUUUCUCAGUGCAUUAUAGGCAGCUAGAGCCUGAUUUUUUUUCAGUUCUCAGCUCCUGCAGCUCCCAUUGGCCUCCAGAAACCCUCCCUAGUCCUUCUCUCCAGCAUGACAUCAGCUGGAGGAUGAAGUCACUGGUCAAAGCAUAAAGACCAGAGGCACUGAGCCUGUCAGAGGGGCUUUAGCACCCUUUAAAAUAUCUGUGUUUGGAUGCCCUUUGUUUUAUGAGCUUUAUAUGUACCGCAUAUCAUUUUAAAACUGUAAUUGGAUCCCUAGGGGGAGACGAGGGAUGGCAGAUGGAAGAAAAUGUUUAAAAGUUUGUAGUAAAAAAAAAAAAAUCUAAAAAUAAAUAACUUUCUACUUCUG